AUGUCUGGCAAUCUGGGAGAGCUGGGUCCCAUACAUAGUCCCCGGAAUGUCCAGCAGAUUACUAAAGCGGCCCAAGAAUAUGAAUAUGAUGCCUCCAUACCUCUCCGCUACUGGCUGCGUUCUGCGCAGGCCAUGCUGAAAGAGGCAGAGAUAUACGUCCGUGAAGGAGACGAAGAAACCACAUAUCUGCUACUGUUCCGCCAUGCCCACCUUAUUCUGUCCCAGUUACCGGCUCACCCUCAGGCACGAGACAAGGUCAGCAAGCUGCUGCUCAAGGAUGCAGAGAAGGAAGUGAAUCGCAACUUCAAAGUUCUGGAUCUACUCAAGCCAAGGAUAAAUGAUCGAUAUGAGCGUUUCCAGCAGACCCUGAGCGAGAGAGAGGCCAGGAGGAUCGCUCACUUAGAGAGCCGGGCCGCUGCAACAUUCUCUUCGCGUCAGCCUGCUCUAGAGCAACGGACCCAACGAAUCCAGGGUCAUGAAAACAGGGAACUAGCUGUGAGAAUAGCACAGAAAGAGAUCUCUAGAAGAGCUGCGAAUCGACAGGCUGCUCUGACCUCUGGGUCUGAUGGCGAUGAUCUGUCAAGAAGACUACAAGAGAUUCGGGCUCGCGUUGAGGGAAAUCCUCAACGUGAGGCAGACAGGAGAUCUCGAGCUAUGCCGGCGAAUUACCACUACCCAAGCAUCCCUUCACAUCAUGCUCAACCAUCCAUAAGCUCUCCUGUGAUUGAGAGGCAGCAAUUUGCUGAAGCACUCCAAAACAGUUUGUCAUCGCCGCCAGCAAGACCCCCAAAAGAGGGUGGACUACCAAGCACGGUAGCACCACCACGUCCUGAUAAGGUUACAGGCUCGUCGUCGGGGAGAUCUGUUACUCCAGAACUGGCUCACAUCUUCGCGCCAGCAGCAUACCUUGAAAAUGGAACUCCUCUCAGAACGAUUUUCCUUCCCCCGACGUUACGUACGACAUUCUUGAGAAUAGCACAGAAGAAUACGUCGGCCAAUCUUGAGACGUGUGGAUUUCUAGGAGGAACACUGAUCGCAAACGCGUUCUUUAUCAGUCGGCUGAUUAUCCCAUCGCAGACAGCGACCUCGGAUACUUGUGAGAUGACGAAUGAAUCGCAAUUGUUCGACUAUGUGGAUACAGAAGACUUGAUGAUUCUAGGGUGGAUCCAUACUCAUCCUACACAAACAUGCUUUAUGAGUAGCAGGGAUCUGCAUACACAUGCUGGAUAUCAAAUGAUGCUGGCUGAGAGUGUGGCAAUUGUAUGCGCACCAAAUAAAGGAGAUACCUACCACGGUGGAGACUGGGGCGUAUAUCGACUGACCGAUCCUCCGGGAAAAAAAGCAAUUCUUAGCUGCGAUAAUCCUGGAAUCUUCCAUCCUCACGAUGUUGACAAUAUUUACACCGACGCGUUGCGGCCAGGACAUGUGGUGGAGGCGAAAGGAAUGGAAUUUGAGGUGGUGGAUCUGAGGGAGCCCAAAAAAUGA